CUCAGUACCUGGAUCAUUACUUUGUUAUUUUCAUAUUGCAACCAAUUAACCUCUUGCUCAAUAAUGUGACAGACGCACUCACUCAACUACGAGAUGUACAAAUCCAUAAAUAACUAACACACUGACGAGAAUUAAUGCAACGAAGUGUCUUGACUGCCACUAAUUAUACAUUACCGAAUACCCAGAACUGCAUCUCAGCCACAAAAAGGUAGAAAAUGAAACUAUUCACUUUAUUGAAGCUCAUGCCAACGCUUUGUUAAAGUGUACUUCUCAUACAUGCUACCUUGCGUAGGACGCUUAGAGCAAUACGAAAUCAUGACAACGUAAUGGAUUUUGAAUAUGACCUAGAAAAGGUUUUGAAACAAGAAAUCGUGGUUAUUUAUGGAAAAAGAGCCAGGGAAUCAAAUGAGCGAAAUCAUUUUUCAAGGAAUGUAAUCGAAGUUGACUCAUUCAGUAAUGUAGCCAGUAUUUUGGAUUUAUUGGGUGAACGCUCGGCAAAGGCUCAAAUGUUACCUGGACCUGUGACAUCCUACAAGAAGUUCAGGGAUUCGAACCAGACAAUUUUUUUACUAUCUGACAUUCCUUCAAAAAAAAUUUUAGGUUUCUUAAAAACAGGUAGAAAACGUCUUUUUGUACAUGACAGAAGAGGAGUUUGUGUCGAAUGUGUACCUUUAUGUGUUUUGGAUUUCUACGUGCAUGAAGCACAUCAAAGAAAAGGUUGUGGGAAAAAGUUAUUUGACUUUAUGCUUAAGAUUGAAAAUAUUCAUCCUUCUUAUUUGGCAAUUGAUUUACCUUCUAAGAAAAUGAUACAAUUUUUACAAAAACAUUAUCAUUUAAAAAAUCCAAUUUAUUCACCAAAUAAUUUUGUAAUUUAUUCAGGAUUUUUUGAUAAAAUUUUCUAUCAUUCAUUCAAUAUGAUCAAACAACCAUCUACUAUACCAUCGGAAAUAUCACCCAUUCAAAUUUGGCAUACUAAUGAUUUAAUCAAUAAAAGAAGGAUGAAUCUAUUGGUGAAUACUAAUCAUAAUCAUAAUAAUAAUCACCAUGACAACACAGUAACUAGUGAACAAACAAGGCUAGGUUACCAACCUAAUCCAUCUGGAUAUAUUCAUCAUAAAACAUUAAAUAAUCAACAUGGUAAUCAGUUACCUAUGCAUAUAAAGCCUUAUACUACUAAUCCAUAUACAAACAUAUGUAACACAUCUAAAAUAGAUCUUGAAAAUAUUAAGUUAAAACAAGAUCUUGAUGAAGAAAAGAAUUAUGGACUACUUGAUAAUGUUAAUAGAUCUACAAUACAAAAGAAAUCAAAUAAUUCGAUUAUGACGGACUCAGGCAUGUUCAAUUAUCGUUCAUUUGAGUUACAAAAUCGUUCUAAGCAAACUUAUUCUUAUAUAAAUGCUGUACGUAAUCAUAACUGUCAUACAAGAUUGUGGUAAUUUACUUGAGCCGAAGAAACACAUAUUUAUAUAUAUUCAUAUAAAUGAUUGACAGUGUUACAUAAUCCAGAGUGACAUUAGCAUUUAUGAUCCGAAGAAGAUUCCUGAUAUUUUGACAAACCUUAAUAUUCAUUCAUUUGAAUUACAGCUUAAUAAUGAUGUAAUACUUUAUAUUGGAUAUUAGUUCAAUGACUCUAGUUAUCUCACUACAUCUCCUGAUAUCUGUGGUCGAGUUCAGUCGAAUAUCAUCCGUACUACACAUAUCUUUAAGUAUAUAUAUAUAUAUAAACCUACCUACAUACCUACCUGUAAAUAUAACUUUAAUAAUUAUGAUGGCAAAACGAAUGUAAUUGAUCAGUGAUUAUUCGGAAAAAAAUUUCUUCAGUUUGAACACUAUUGUACUGUACUGUCAAAUCAAUAUUUUCAUUCAGCUUUUUGGUUUUUCUUCCAUUUUAUGUGGGUUUUUGUGUGUGUUUAAACUGGAUAUAAUAUAUUUGUGAUUUUUAUAUCGCCGGACUGUAGUAGUAGUACCCUGAUGUGUUGAUUGGGGUUUGGGUGUCAUGAUAAACUUGUCAACCUAUAUUUGCUGGUACAUUCAUAUUUUUAGGUCCUACCAUAAGAGGUUAGUUGUAGAGCUGUAAGACUAAAAACCAUAAACUAAUAGUACGAGAGCAAAGUCUUAUUGUCCACUGUACAAGAUUAUGACAAAAGUAAGCUGUUUGCCGAAGACGACCGGGAUUUACAACGAUAGGGAUUUUCUGUGACAUAGUGAGGAGUUAGAAGAAGUUGAUAUUAAAAAUAGUCCAUAUGAUCUUCCCACAUGAAUUUCCAUCUCUGACAGUAAGGCCUUAAGACUAAGGAGCUAAAUAAUCUGAAAAUAUUCGUGAAAAAGCUAAUUGUGACUAACACUAUACAGCACUUCAAUUAAGCCCUCAAGUUUUCAAGACUAUUCCAAACCUAGUUUCUCUUCCAGGUAACUCAAAGAGAAAUGUUUUUUCACGAUGUAGGCAGCUAGAUACUAAAAAAUUUCUGUAUACCCCGAAAAACACUUCAUGGUUGAUUGAUUUUUAUUACAAUAAGUUUCAUUUGAUGCAUUAAGUUUGACUUUUGUUUCAUGC